AUGGCUGGUGCAGUGUGCUGGGUGUUCCGUCGUGGUCUGGUGGAUGGCAGAGUGUAUAUCGCUGCAAUCAUUCAGGGCGGCGCUGCAAUCAUUCAGGGCGGCGCUGCAAUCAUUCAGGGCAGCGCUGCAAUCAUUCAGGGCGGCGCUGCCAUCAUUCAGGGCAGCGCUGCCAUCAUUCAGGGCGGCGCUGCAAUCAUUCAGGGCAGCGCUGCAAUCAUUCAGGGCAGCGCUGCAAUCAUUCAGGGCAGCGCUGCAAUCAUUCAGGGAGGCGCUGCAAUCAUUCAGGGCAGCGCUGCAAUCAUUCAGGGCGGCGCUGCCAUCAUUCAGGGCGGCGCUGCAAUCAUUCAGGGCGGCGCUGCAAUCAUUCAGGGCAGCGCUGCAAUCAUUCAGGGCAGCGCUGCAAUCAUUCAGGGCAGCGCUGCAAUCAUUCAGGGCAGCGCUGCCAUCAUUCAGGGCGGCGCUGCCAUCAUUCAGGGCAGCGCUGCAAUCAUUCAGGGCGGCGCUGCAAUCAUUCAGGGCAGCGCUGCAAUCAUUCAGGGCGGCGCUGCAAUCAUUCAGGGCAGCGCUGCAAUCAUUCAGGGCGGCGCUGCAAUCAUUCAGGGCAGCGCUGCAAUCAUUCAGGGCGGCGCUGCAAUCAUUCAGGGCAGCGCUGCAAUCAUUCAGGGAGGCGCUGCCAUCAUUCAAGGCGGCGCUGCUAUCAUUCAGGGAGGCGCUGCCAUCAUUCAAGGCGGCGCUGCUAUCAUUCAGGGAGGCGCUGCUAUCAUUCAGGGCGGCGCUGCCAUUAUUCAGGGCGGCGCUGCCAUCAUUCAGGGCGGCGCUGCUAUCAUUCAGGGAGGCGCUGCAAUUAUUCAGGGCAGCGCUGCAAUCAUUCAGGGAGGCGCUGCCAUCAUUCAGGGAGGCGCUGCAAUUAUUCAGGGCGGCGCUGCCAUCAUUCAGGGCGGCGCUGCUAUCAUUCAGGGAGGCGCUGCUAUCAUUCAGGGCGGCGCUGCCAUCAUUCAGGGCGGCGCUGCCAUCAUUCAGGGCGGCGCUGCCAUCAUUCAGGGCGGCGCUGCCAUCAUUCAGGGCGGGGCUGUCAUCAUUCAGGGCGGCGCUGCCAUCAUUCAGGGCGGGGCUGCCAUCAUUCAGGGCGGGGCUGCCAUCAUUCAGGGCGGCGCUACCAUCAUUCAGGGCGGCGCUGCCAUCAUUCAGGGCGGCGCUACAAUCAUUCAGGGCGGCGCUACAAUCAUUCAGGGCGGCGCUACAAUCAUUCAGGGCGGCGCUACAAUCAUUCAGGGCGGCGCUACAAUCAUUCAGGGCGGCGCUACAAUCAUUCAGGGCGGCGCUGCCAUCAUUCAGGGCGGCGCUACAAUCAUUCAGGGCGGCGCUACAAUCAUUCAGGGCGGCGCUACAAUCAUUCUGGGCGGCGCUACAAUCAUUCAGGGCGGCGCUGCCAUCAUUCAAGGCGGCGCUACAAUCAUUCAGGGCGGCGCUGCCAUCAUUCAGGGCGGCGCUACAAUCAUUGUGGGCGGCGCUGCCAUCAUUCAGGGCGGCGCUACAAUCAUUGUGGGCGGCGAUAAAAAACAUGAAAUAGAGAGACCAGACACAACAACCUCACAGUCACCUCCCAACACUCACGGGAAACCCUCGACACCGGGACGAAAUGGACCCUGA